ACAAUGCUUACAAUAUUCAUGAUAUAUGCUAAAUAACUUUAUGAUUUUAAUACGAACUUAAAAAUAUCAUAUCCGAAAGUCGUCGAAUAUGUGCAGAAUUAAUAUUUGUGUGAUCUUCUAAAAGGAAACAAACCUAUAACAUUUUAACUGACAUCACUGCUUUGGAUAAUUUCAUUUAGAAAGUUGAAAAAGUUAUAUUUCCACAAUGAUACAUUUUAUUAACUGUGCACUAAUCAUCUUAUCAUUGAUUGAACUAGGUUUAUGUAUGGAUUUCCAACACCAAGCUCCAAAAUUUAAACAGGAACCCCAAAGCCGUGUCGACUUUUCCAAUUCGAGUGGCACGGUGAUACCUUGCAGUGCAAGUGGGCAACCAAUUCCGCUAAUCAGAUGGGUCAAGCACGAUGGAGAAAUUUUACAAGAUGUUCCCGGUCUAAGAUACACUCGUCAUGAUGGUUCCCUUGUUUUAAGUCCAUUUUCAGGUGAAAACUAUAGAGCAGACGUCCAUGCUUCCAUAUAUAGAUGCGAAGCAUCCAAUAAAUUUGGCGUAAUUGGCAGCAGAGAUGUUCAUGUCAGAGCUGUGGUACUUCAACACUAUGAGAUACGCCUUUUUGAUGAGUUUGUCUUAAAAGGCAACAUGGGAGUUCUACGUUGUCCUAUUCCAAGCUUUGCUAGUGAUUAUGUUCGGGUAACAUCAUGGGAAAGAAUAGACGGCUUUUUGAUCACUUCAGGAAUUAUAAGUGCUAAAUAUGGAAUGCUAGAAAGUGGAGAUUUGUACAUUCGUGAUACAACGGAGCACGAUGGGUCGUAUAGCUUUCGUUGCCACACAGAAGACUUUAUUACGAAAGAGAAAAAAGUUAGCACAAAUUAUUCGAAAAUAAUAGUCACGGAACCAAGACAUAACCAGCCUCCAAGAAUUGCCCGAAGGUUAACUCGCGUAUCAGUACCAGUGGGACAUCGUGCAACCUUGCCAUGCAUAGCUCAAGGUUAUCCUAUCCCAACAUAUCGGUGGCACAGAGCUCAAGCAGAUCAAAGACCUCUUCCUGAUCACACUAUUUCAGUGAGCCAGGAAGGAGGUAUAUUGAUUUUUCAUAAAGUCGUGCCCAGUGAUACUGGUCAUUAUGCCUGCCACGUGACUAACGUAAUGGGAGAAGACAAAGUGGAAUUUGAAUUGAUAGUAGAAGAACCAUAUCGAGUGGUUAUUGCUCCCCCGGAGCUGCGGUUGGAGGUUGGUAAAACCGCAACUUUCAAUUGUUCCAUAUUCGGCAGUCCUCCAGGUAUCGUUAGCUGGAGAAAGGAUAUGUUAAGGUUAUUUCCGGGCCCUCGAGUGAUAUUUCCUAAUCCAUAUCUUCUGCAGCUGAGGCAAAUUAGGCGACAAGAUGAAGGGAUUUAUCAGUGCUUCGUUCACAGGGAGCUUUCCUCAUCGCAAGCAUCUGCAGUACUAACUAUUGGAGAUUUGUCUCCAGUCUUAAAAUUAACUUUUCCUGAGAAAACCGUUCAACCAGGAAGAUACGUUUCUCUUACUUGCAUAGCCUCGGGACACCCAGAGCCGCAAAUCAAAUGGACGCUCGAUGGUAUAUGGUCCUUGUCUACAAGACACGGUGUCCUAAUCAGCUCUUAUCAGACCUCUAAUGGGGACGUUGUCAGCUCCGUCAAUUUUACAUCGGUAGAUGUUGCAGACAGCGGUGUGUAUUCCUGUGAGGCCAGUAAUGACGCUGGAACAGAAAGUUAUUCGAAGAGACUUAACGUGUUUGGGCAAGUUUUCGUAAGAUCUAUUAAUAAUUUGACAGCUAUCUCGGGAGAAUCGUUUUAUGGCAUGUGUCCUUUUGGAGGUUAUCCAUAUGAAUCAAUAAGCUGGAAAAAAGAUGACCGCGUUCUUCCCAUAAAUCAAAGGCAGCGGGUGUUUCCAAAUGGAACAUUGCUCAUCUCAGAAACGCAACCGGGUAUUGAUGAUGGCACUUACAGCUGUGAGGUCACAGGCACUGGUCAAGAAAUCCCGGUCUCACGUUCUUUCCGGAUCGUUAUACGUACGAAACCGAAAGUUUCAAAAUUUUCAUUCCAAGACAAUCUUCAUGAAGGAAUGAGAACAGCUGUCACGUGUAUAGUGGUUGCAGGAGAUGGGCCAUUAUCUACCCGAUGGAUGAAGGAUGAAUCUCCUUUAGAUGAAAGAAGCCUUGACGCCACAGUUAUUCCCGCAGAGGAAGGAUUCGUUUCAACAAUUACCAUUAAAUCAUUAACACACAAGCACAACGGCAAUUACACUUGCCUGGCUACUAAUGAUGUUGGUACAGGAUCAUAUACUGCAAUGCUCACAGUGAAAAUACCGCCAAGAUGGAUUUUACAGCCCAGCGACACACAUGCAGUAGCUGGUCGAUCAGCAAGAAUUGAUUGUCAAGCUGACGGUGUACCACAGCCUCACGUGCGUUGGAAAGUUGCCACAGAUCAUCCAUCUGAUAGUUUCAAAACAGUUGUGAGCAGUUCUCACGUGCAUAUCUUAGUAAAUGGAUCACUUAAUUUUCGCAAUGUUGAAGCCACGGAUUCGGGAUAUUAUCUCUGUGAAGCCAGCAAUGGAGUGGGUGUUGGUUUAAGUACUGUUGUUAGGCUCACAGUUCAUAGUGCGCCACAGUUUCAAUCAAAAUUUAUGGUUUUGAGUGUCAGAAAGGGAGAGAAAUUUAUUAUUGAGUGCACUGUGAACGGUGAUAGACCCAUGCGCUUUAUUUGGAGAAAAAACAGUGAGCUUAUUGAUCCUUCGCUGGAAGAUAGGUAUGCGGAAACAAUUGAAGAAACGAUUGAUUUGAGCGUUAAAGCAACUCUGGCUGUUGAAAGAGCUGAGCGAAAAGACUCUUCUCUUUUUAUGUGUACAGCAGUUAACGAUUUUGGCGAUGAUACCAUGAACGUACAAGUGACAAUUAAAGAUCUUCCCGAUGCUCCGCAAAACUUGGAAGUCCAUGACGUGUCCAGCCGCAGCCUUCGAUUGACCUGGGAUCGCCCCUUUGACGGAAAUUCUCCAAUAACUCAAUACACAGUGAUGUGGAGACAAGCUGAUGGUAAGUCCAGUGGAGGCCCUAUUAAAACACAUGGAAACGAAAGAUCCGUAACUGUUAGAGGUCUGAAGCCCAAAACAAGAUAUUUCUUUCGUGUUAAGUGCAUGAAUCCGAUUGGAGAAAGUCAGUUUGGAGCAGAAGUAGCUGUAACAACGCUGGAAGAACCUCCUAGAUCCCCUCCCAGAUAUGUGAAAGCUCUUGCAACUUCGUCAAAAAGCUUAAACGUUUCUUGGCAGGUUCCUAUCGAUGAAGAAAAGGAAUCAAAUAUUGAUGGAUUCUACGUCGGCUAUAAAUUAAGCUCUAGUCCCGAUGCCUUCACUUUCGUGCCAGUGGAUAUACUGCGUAAUUCACAGGAACAAUCUUAUGAGCUUACGAAUUUGAAUCGGCACUCAGAAUACAAUGUUAUUGUUCAAUCAUUUAAUAAGCGUGGAGCUGGACCUCCUUCUGAAACAGCAUCUGUCAGAACGCUGGAAUUUGAUAAACCUUUACCACCUACAAUAACAAGCUAUUAUACAACGUAUAAUUCCAUCAAAAUUAAUUGGGAACACAGAAGUCUUCCAAAUGCUCCAGUAACAGGGUUUGUCUUAUAUUACAAAGCUGAUGGAGCUGAUUGGCAAGAAACUCAUAUUCCUGGUAAAAAGACCCUAUAUACAUUGCACGACUUACUGUGUGGAACGAAAUAUUACUGCUUUUUGGUAGCCACAAACAGUGCUGGAAAGGGAAACAGCAGUGAAACAAUAUCGACUAAAACAACUGGAAGCGCCCCCUUAGCACCAGAUAAGAGAUUGCUGAUCUCUGUUAAUUCAAGUACAAUCACAAUCAAUCUCAACAGCUGGCAUAAUGGCGGAUGCCCAAUCAGAUUUUAUGUUAUCCAAUACAAAGUCAGUGGACACAAUGAAUGGACAUUAGUCAGCAAUAACAUUGUACCUGAGCAACAGACAGUAACAAUAACAGAUUUAAUACCUGGUACAUGGUAUUCUCUCUUAAUGACUUCCAGAAAUGAUGCAGGAUCAACGGAUGCUGAAUACGUUUUUGCAACACUGACAUCAACAGGAGAAUAUCCGCCACGUCCAUCUGAGAUAAGUGAUGCAACAGGUUCAUUUUACCGUCACCUCACUAUCACUGUACCUGUAGUGAGUUCUGUGAUUGUUUUGAUAUUAGUGAUCUGCGUUGUUUGUGUAGGCACCAAAAGAAGAACACCCGGAUGUAGACCGCGAACACCAGAUGGUAAUUAUAGCAUACGAUCGUUAAUUUCAAUGUUUUAA